CCUGAAGUCAGUUCAAUGAACAGAGAUACAGCUUUUCAGAAGUUUUUCAUUCCUCUGGUCUACUCAUUAGUGUUUAUAGUGGGCUGCCUGGGAAAUGGCCUUGUUCUCCUCGUUCUAUUGAAACACCACCACUUACGAUCCACCACCGACAUCUUUCUCGUCCACCUGGCAGUGGCAGACCUGCUAAUGCUCAUCACUUUCCCCUUUACUGUGGCAGAGUACUCAUUUGGCUGGAUAUUUGGAGAUUUCAUGUGCAAAUCUGUGGGAGUUUUCAGCCGACUCAACUUCCUUUGCAGUAGCCUAUUGCUGGGAUGCAUCAGUGUAGACCGCUACAUGGCUAUCAUCCAUGCCGUUCAUGCCUUCAGAACACGUAGUGGAAUGGCUGUUUAUCUUUCCUGCUUUGGAGUGUGGAUUCUGAGCUUCCUCCUUUCGAUUCCCAACCUGUUUUUGCUAGGGACACAAAAUAAUGGCAAUCUCACUGAGUGCACUUACAGCCAGAAAAACUUCACAGAUAACAGCUGGUGGCAGGCAAAUAGAUUCAUCAUCCAUAUAGUGGGUUUCCUCUGUCCACUCUUCAUCAUGGGAUUCUGCUAUGCUCAUAUUGUGGCUGCUCUGUACAAGUCAACAAGACGGGAAAAGAAAAGAGCAGUGAGGGUGGCCAUUGUCAUAACAGGUGUUUUCUUCUUAUGCUGGACUCCAUACAACAUGACUCUUUUCUUGGAUACUCUGGAUAUCCUUGACUGGGUGCAGGAUUGCAUGUUACGGAUGCAUCUGUCCACUGCUAUCUCAGUGACUGAGGUCCUGGGGUCAGUGCACUGCUGCCUGAAUCCAUUGCUCUAUGCGUUUGUUGGGGUGAAGUUCAGAAAUGAUGCACUGAGGGUUCUACAACAAGCGGGCUGUCUUAGUCUACGGCUGUUGGGAAAGACCCUCACACCUGAACGGAAAAGCAGCAUCAUGGACUCAGAGACUGGAACGGUCUUGUCUAGCUUUUAGCUUCAUAUGUGGAAUUCCACUGUGUGCUGCAAUGAUUACCGAUUAAAAAUGUGACUUUGCCAAUGUUGCGAAAGAUCGAAUGAACGUGCUACCAGGUAAUUAUGUAGGAAGGAAUCGUCAAUUUUGUGAAUUUUUGCAGUGGCACGCUAAACAACAUAACCACUACAGCCAUUAUAGUGUAGUGUUUAUGUAACCAGUAGUUUUUUGGGGCCAUCCUCAGAUAUUUGUCAGACUGCUUGGGAGCAGUUUGACAAAAAAUGGGCUCUCUCUGGCACCCUGAGACCACUCUGCUUCAGCCAUUUUGAUACUGUAGGGUUAACAUUUCUGUAUAAUGAAUUCAAAUGCCAUCAAACCUGGACAUAGAUGUGGGCGCUGAUGCAAAUGCAGCCAAACUCGUCGCACAGAGGGACAUCAAUGCUGGGAUCAGGUAAGUAAAUAAAGGGUUUUUAACCCUUUAUUCACUGGGGAGCGGGGCACGCAAGGGAGAUGGAAGGCAGGGGGAGCGCUAAUGCCAGGAAUACAGCUUUGUAUUCCUGGCAUUAUAGUAUCCCUUUAAUAUAACCAGUACACUGAAUUGUAGUAGUUAUGUUGCUUAGUAUGCCCCUUUCAUGGAAAAACAUCAUGAAAUUCUCAUUUUCGUAUAUUGAUUUUUUUUUUCUUUUAGGAAAAAAAUAAAUCACUUUUCUAUCUAGCUGAGCAGACAUGUUGGGUCAGACUCUACUGUUAUCCAGCUACUGCUCAAACUUGCCUGCCAUGGCAGUUUCACAAGGUAAGUUAGAUUAAGCAUCAGUUGGUGAGAUCACGGUACAGUCUGAAUAAACAUGGCUGCUGAGCCAGAUUUAAAAGAAGGUGUAAUUUUCUUUAAAAAAUAA